AUGGGUUACAUUGCAAUCGGAACUGGCCGUGCGAGCGAUGAUCUCAAAAACUACAUGUCGCUCCGCGCGGCAUCGGCGCGAGCUUGUCGGGCGAGCUCUUGUGACGAGACGAGCACAAUACAUCUUCUCAAAGAGGCAAUCGACUUUCGGACCGUAGGAUGCUUGCUGUUCAUCUUGAGAGAAGACAGCUCGCGGAAGUUCUGCUUGACCGCCCCAGAAGCCUCAUAUCUUGGUGGAGAUUUGGCAUCCAAGAGGAAGUGGGAGGAGGAGUACCUAAAGCUUCUUGCGAAACUUUCCCCAAGGAUAUUCGAACUGAACUUGUCUGUGCGCUCAGUGGGAUGGAACGUCCAGUCGAGCGACUGCAGUGGCGCGUUUAAGCCCACGGCUCUCUCAAGUCUCAUCAUCACAGGAGCCAAACUCGAUAACGAGCCCCGCGCAGAUACGUUUUUCGGUAGAAUCAACCCCGCGCUGGGCUUAUUGAAGAAUUUCAAAGCCAACUUGUGCCAGUUCAGGUCGCCUUGCUUUGGCGACGAGCUAAGGGACGUGAAGCUCUAUUGCAGCUCAUUUUCGGGAGAUACGAUGGUGCAAUUGCUGAAAAGGCUUGGGAAACUGAAACAUCUUCAGUCUCUCGCACUCCAUCUUGAUGAGGUGGAUAUGAUGGCUGGGAUGCGGCCAGAGCAUGACCAGCCGCCCGCCACAGCGCUUGUACGGGGCCGGUCGGCCGAGCAGACGGCCACUCGUGUGGACUUCCGCGCGUUGGAGGUCAUGAGCAUUACUGCGUCAGUCGAGGACGCGAAGCUCCUUUUCGACCUUGUAAAUGCGCCGAAACUCAAGUCUCUCUCCGCCAGUGUCAGGCUGGAUGCCACCAGCGAAGGUACCAUGCAGGACGACGUGGCCCACGCAUUUGCACAGCUGAAGAGCGCGUCGUGGCGGACUCUCUCCUCGCUUUUCCCAGUUCAAACCUCCACGCAUUUGGAGAUAGACAAGUCAGAGUACGAGGACGGCCAGGAGGGCUCGCUAAGGUUCACGCUUAUAAGCAACAGGAGAGACAGCAGCGACACGCCGAUCUUUAACCUCACGGUCAUCCCUCACGGGUCUGGUGGCUAUGUCGGGGAGUUUUUGCCUGCCGUCAACCAUCUCAUGACAUGGAAAGUCGUCCGAGACUUGAAGAUUGUUAGCUUGGUGGGCGCCGAGUCAAGUACGGGUCAAGUUGGGUGUAUGUGGGACUACCUUCUGAACGGACAGUUGGCAUGGCUUCGCAAGCUCGAAAUCAAGAGGAGCGCACAGACGAUCCUCGGCUUUAUUCAGAAGACGCCUUGGUGUUUUGACUCGAUCGACAACGUCACACUGCACGACGUCGAUGAAGACUGGGCAUUGAAGAGCGAGCAUUUAGACGCCAUUCGUAACGCUCUGUGCAUCUCUGGGCAGAAGCUCAAGAACGUACGCACAUUCGAGGUAGUUGAUUGCAUGGUAGAUGAGAAGCCAUGGACAGACUCUCUAGAAUACGUUGGGGAUGUAUCGAGCGCUACCGCUUGUAAAUGA